UAAAUUAAUUAGUAACCAAAUAGUAAAGAGUAAAGAGAGGGAAAUGGGAGAGAGACAGAGUGAAAGUAAGGAAGUGGGAAUGGGGAAGUGGAAGUGGGAAAGUGGGUGUGAGGAAGUGAGUGUAGGGAAGUGGGUGUGGGGAAGUGAGUGUGGGGAAGUGGGUGUGGGGAAGUGGGUGUGGGUGUGA